AUGGGAGAUCAUCAUGAUUUCAUCAACUCAGGAAGCUGGUGGAAAGUAUCUUCUUCUUCCUCAACAUCUUCUUCCUCUUCCAUGAGACCAAGCUCAAUUGAAUCAGGCGGUUCUGCUGUUUUUCAUGAUAAGCUUCAUGAUCAUCAUUCACAAUUACCUGUUGAUCAAUGGAACCAAUCUCUUUUAAGAGGAGAUAGUAAAGCGGAGACAAGCUUUGGAGUGACGCUUCAAGAGAAUCUAAAUUUAGAUUCGACCUCAAACGCAAACGCUAUUCAAGAAUCUGAUUCCUCUCACCACCAAGCUUUGUGGCGAGAUACACAGAUCAAUAAUAGCGAUUUCAAACCGCAGCUAAAUAUGACGACCAGUAACCGCGGUUUUUUCUUGGAACAUCAACUAAGCCCUCACGGGAGCUCAAGUACAGACAGUAGUACAGUGACGUGUCAAGGCUUCCCCGUUGACAACUCCUCCAACACUUUGUACGGAACAGCAACAAGUCCUAGUUCCUCUUCAGCUAUGUUUCAUCCGUCGAGGAACCAUCAGCGAACAAAUCUUGGGUACAGAAACUAUGAUCAGAUGGCAACGGCUUUACAUUCGACUUGGUUUUCAAGAUCUUCGCCGCCGAAACCACACAGUCCUUUGCGGUUCUCUAACAACGCAACGUUUUGGAACCCUGCGGCCACGUCUGAAAGCGUGGGCCCUACUCAACAUGACGCGUUGCCGAACCUUUUUCCGGCGUUACAGCCACCUCAGAUUCACGCGCCGAGUUUUGACGAACAACCUAAGAGUAUGACGAAGGUUCGUGAUUCGAGUAGCAGUGAAGUAAAGAGAGAUGGAGGUGAUCAGCCGGUGUCUAAGAGGGCCAAGAGCGAAGCAGCAUCUCCGUCACCAGCUUUCAAGGCCAGGAAAGAGAAAAUGGGGGACAGAAUCGCUGCGCUCCAACAAUUGGUUUCACCUUUCGGAAAGACUGAUGCAGCCUCAGUCCUCUCUGAAUCCAUUGAAUACAUUAAGUUCUUACACCAACAAGUUUCAGCUCUCAGCAACCCAUACAUGAAAAGUGUAGCUUCUUUACAGCAUCAACAGAGUGAUCAUCAUAAGGAGCUAGAAGUUUCAGAAGAAGCAGAUCUUAGAAGUCGAGGUUUAUGCUUAGUGCCAGUUUCGAGUAUAUUUCCAGUGACGCACGGUACUACUACAGUAGAUUUCUGGACUCCUACGUUUGGUGGGACUUUUAGAUAG